AUGAAUCAGAAUAUACCGACAACUUGUUCCAAUUUCAUUCAACAGAUACCAACACAAUAUCCCUUUAUCAUUGACUCUAGGUCAAGAGCACAAUUUCAUUAUUGUCUACCUUCACAAGCGGAUCAAAAUAACCCUGAACUUAAAAAAACUAUUGAUGAGACAGUGAUUGUUUAUGAGUCACCUACCGAACAUAAAACUUUAUCAAAUGAAACUUCAAUUCCAUUAUCUGGAUUAUAUGAUGAUCCACUGAAUAUACCAAAUCAAAAGAUGAAUAUAUCGUUAGACAAACGUCUCACUUCUUCAAGUCAAACACCUAAUGAAAAAUUAUCAACAAUUUUAUCUAGUGAUAUUUUACAAAGUAUUGAAAAUAAAUGUUUAACAAUGAACAAUGAUAAAAUUGAAGGAAAAGAGGAAGAAAAUCAACAAUCAACUCUAAAUGAUAAUAUAGAGAAAUAUGAAAGAGAAACAUGGGAUUCAAAAAUUGAUUUCUUAUUGGCUGUUAUUGGUUUCGCUGUUGAUUUAGGAAAUAUAUGGAGAUUUCCAUUUAUUUGUUAUCGUAAUGGUGGAGGUGCAUUUCUUAUUCCUUAUUUGGUUAUGUACAUUUUUGGUGGAUUACCAUUGUUUUAUCUCGAACUGGCAUUAGGACAAUUUCAACGUAGUGGAUGUUUAACGGUUUGGAAACGGAUAUGUCCUUUGUUCAGCGGUAUCGGAUUUGGAAUAUGCAUAAUUGCAAGUUAUACAGCAUGGUAUUAUAAUACAAUUAUUGCCUGGGCACUGUUCUAUAUGGUUGAUGCAAUGAAACCGCAUUUACCAUGGGAUGGAUGUAAUAAUUGGUGGAAUACAAAUUCAUGCGUUACUGUAUUUGAUCGAUUGAUAAAUGAUUCUGUACUGAACUCAUCACACAAAUAUGAGUUAAAUGAAUUGGUUAAUUUGUCAUUAUUCAAUAAACACAUCAAUGGAAGUGGUGAAGUUUAUUCUUCUACAGAGGAAUACUUUUAUCGUCGAGUUUUACAAAUCCAAUACGCCAAAGGAUAUGAUGAUAUUGGUCCGAUACGCUGGGAAAUCGCUUUAUGCCUAAUUGUGGUAUUCACAAUAGUGUAUUUCUCACUUUGGAAAGGAGUAAAAAGCAGCGGAAAAGCUGUAUGGGUGACUGCUACUUUGCCUUAUGUUAUUUUAACUAUUCUGCUUAUACGAGGCUUAACGCUACAGGGUUCAUUAACUGGCAUAAAGUACUAUCUUACGCCGAAUUUCUCAAGUUUAUUGAGUAUAUCUGUCUGGAGUGAUGCUGCAUCACAAAUCUUCUUCUCACUCGGUCCAGGAUUUGGAGUUCUAUUGGCUUUAUCCAGUUACAAUAAAUUUCAUAAUAACUGCUAUAGAGAUGCAAUGAUUACAAGUAUCAUUAACUGUGUAACGAGUUUCAUCUCAGGCUUUGUUGUAUUCUCUGUUUUGGGAUAUAUGUGUUUCCGUAUGGGGAAGACAAUGGAAGAUGUUGCAAAUGAAGGACCUGGUUUAGUAUUCAUCGCCUACCUGAAGCUAUUGCAACACUAG